UUGGCGGCGGAGGAAGAAAGGAGGAGCCGAUCUAUUAAGAACGACUCCUCUCUCGACAAUCUCUACUUCUCCAUCGAUCGCUUCCUCACUUUUCUCUCUCUCGAUCUCUGCGUGCCUUUGCUCGGGAGUCUGCAAGAUUUGGCUGCUGCAAAAAUGACAUGGAUGGAUGCCUUUAUGAGCUGUUUCACCGGAGAAGAUGAAAAGGAAUCAGAGAAGAUGCGGAAGAAGAAGAAGAAGACGGCGGCGGACGGCAAGAGGAGGCCGAGUUCUGCGGAGGGGAAGGACGGGUUCAAAAAGCGGCAAUCGAGGCUCACCGACUCGGGGUCGCCCACCUUCGCGUCGGACCUCUCCAUGUCCCUGGGAUCCAUGGGCUCCGAAAUCUGCGUCUUCACCACGGGCGAGCUCCGGUCGAUCACCAACAACUUCUCGUCGAGCUAUUUGCUCGGGGAGGGCGGCUUCGGCCCCGUUUACAAGGGCUUCAUCGACGAGAAGCUGAGGCCCGGGGUGCUCAAGGCCCAGACCGUGGCCGUCAAGCUCCUUGAUCUCGAAGGUCUUCAAGGCCAUAGGGAGUGGCUGGCAGAGGUGAUAUAUUUAGGUCAAUUGAGACAUCCCCAUGUGGUCAAACUGAUUGGCUACUGCUGCGAGGAGGAGCAACGGCUCCUCGUUUAUGAAUUCAUGGCACGCGGAAGCCUUGAGAACCAUCUAUUCAAAAGAUUUUCUAUUUCCUUGCCAUGGGCGUCAAGGCUGAAGAUAGCAUUGGGAGCAGCCAAAGGACUUGCUUUUCUUCAUGGCCAGAAGAAACCAAUCAUCUACCGAGAUUUCAAAGCCUCCAACAUUCUCCUAGACUCUGACUUCAAAGCAAAGCUUUCAGAUUUCGGCCUCGCAAAAGACGGGCCCGAAGGGGAAGACACUCACGUGUCAACCCGAGUCAUGGGCACGCAUGGCUACGCAGCACCAGAGUACGUCAUGACUGGUCAUUUGACAGCAAAGAGUGAUGUGUACAGUUUCGGAGUGGUUCUUUUGGAGCUGCUCACUGGGCUCAGAGCAAUGGACAAGAAGCGGCCACACAGGCAGCAGAACCUGGUAGAGUGGGCGAAGCCGUAUCUGAAUGAUGGCCGGAAGGUCAACCGGAUAAUGGAUCCGCAGCUCGACGGUCAGUACUCCAUUAAAGGCGCCCAGAAAGCAGCGGCAUUGGCCGGCCAGUGCCUGGCUCACAACCCUAAGAACAGGCCUCCCAUGAGCGCGGUGGUGGAAACACUCGAACCGCUGCUAGAACUCAAGGACGUUCCGGUCACGCACUUCGUCUAUACUGUGACUCAAACGAAUGGGAAAUCUGAAGAGAAAGAUGCGAAACCUGCAACAAAAGAGAAUGGCCACACACCACACUCUCGAACCGGGCACCAUGGACACCAUGAACAUCGUGAGAAAUCUGAAGAGCAAGAUGCGAAGCAUGGAGCCAAAGAGAACGGACACUCACCACACUCUCGAAAUGGGCACCAUGAACACCACGGACACCGAAGCCGCUCGCCGAUCUCAGAGAUGAAGUCGAAGCCUUUAUCGAAUCACUCUGAUGGCGGCCACAACAAGCAUUCCCACAGUCCAAAAAGGAGAGACAGGGAAAGGAAGCAGUGAACAGAAAGGCCAAAGAGAAAUGCCGAAGAAGUGUCGAUCGACAGACUUCAUCAAGCGUACGUUUCGAGUGGGCGUUCCUUGACACAAGAAAAGUGGUGCCGCAUGUUUGAGGGCCUCUUGAAAUGUGAAUAAAGCCCGGGUGUAUAUACAAAAUCAUUGAUAGACGAAAUUUUUUGGAGCUAAGAUGUGAAUGGGACCUCCCGAUUCGCUUUCUCAAGGGGGAAUAUUUUAAUUUCAUUGUUUGUUUCAACUGGCUUCUUGUUGAAAACGUUUUGUAUCUUCAUGGUUUUAAAAUGUAUGAAACAUGUUACACUGAGUAAAUAUGAAUAUUAUGUGUCUUAAUUAUAUUAGUCUUUUGGAAAAGAA